AUGCCUCUCAGACUAAACGAUCUUAACCGCAACGUUGUUGACGCCCAAUACGCUGUCCGAGGUGCUCUAGCGCUCCGGGCUGAGCAGCUCCGCGAGCAGCUCCACAAAGACCCAGGUUCUUUACCGUUCAAGUACGUUAUUAACGCCAAUAUCGGAAACCCCCAACAGCUGGAUCAGGCUCCUAUCACCUUCUACCGUCAAGUCCUAUCGCUUGUACAGUAUCCAAAGCUUAUUGAGUCUCCUCCUUCUUAUAUCAAGCCCGAUGCUGUUCGCCGCGCCAAGUUCUUGUUAGAUCACAUCGGUUCUGUUGGCGCCUACUCCGCAUCAAACGGUGUUGAUGUUAUUCGCGAAAGCGUGGCCCGCUUCAUUGAGGAACGCGAUGGCUACCCUGCGGAUCCUGACUGCAUCUACCUCACUGCUGGCGCCUCCACGGGUGUUGCGAAUCUUAUCCGUCUUGUUGCCCGCCCCGGUAACGGCGUCUUGAUCCCAAUCCCCCAGUAUCCCUUGUACUCUGCUUCGCUGUCUCUUGAGGGUGCCGUGGCUAUCCAUUAUCAUCUAAGUGAAAAAGACAACUGGACUCUUCACCACGAUUAUUUGGAGAGACGCAUAAAUGAGGCGGCAGCCGAGGGUAUCAAGCCCACCAUGCUUUGUGUCAUUAAUCCCGGUAACCCCACAGGCUCUGUGAUGCCAGAUGAGGAUAUUGAGAAUAUUUUGAAAAUUGCUCACGAACAUGAUCUUGUUGUGUUGGCUGAUGAGGUUUACCAGGCUAACAUUUUCGAGGGCAAGUUCCACUCAUUCAAGAAGAUUCGCCAGAGACUUGUUUCACAAGAUCCUAAAUACAAUUCUAUUCAGCUGGCUUCUGUUCAUUCCACUUCCAAGGGUUAUAUUGGAGAGUGUGGUCAGCGCGGCGGUUACCUUGAACUUGUUGGCUUCCACCAGGAUGUUUUGGAUCAGAUCUACAAGAUGGCCAGUAUCUCUCUGUGCCCUGUAGUCAGUGGUCAGGUUCUCACUGAGCUCAUGGUGAACCCACCCAAGGAGGGUGACGAAUCUUUCGACGAGUUCACCAAGGAGACUUCGCACAUACGCGAGACGCUCCGCGAACGUGCCCAGCACUUAUACGAAGCAUUCAAAGGUGUUGAGGGUGUCAGUUGCUAUCCUCCCCAAGGUGCUAUGUACCUCUAUCCCUUCAUCACCCUGCCAGCUCGUGCUGUCGAGGAAGCUGCCAAGCGGGGUAUGCAACCCGAUGAGAUGUACUGCAUGGACCUGUUGAACGAGACAGGUAUUUGUGUUAUUCCCGGAUCUGGUUUCGGUCAGGAAAAGGACACCUUCCAUUUCCGUACCACGUUCCUUGCUCCAGGUGGUGAUAUUAUCAGCGAUCAGUUUGUUGCCUUCCACAAACGUUUUAUUGAGAAGUGGCACUAG